UAUUUCUGAGCACACUCAGUCUCCACCGUCCAUUGAGGAUGAGUUCAUCAGCUACCUUGAGCCUCUGUUCCAACUCCUACUUUCCCCCUCCAACUCUCAAAUUUGUAUUCAAAUUUCCCUCCAAAAGACUACGUUCCCCUCUCUCAACGCUCUCAUUUGGCGCCGAAUGCUUCAAAAUUUCCUCCUCCUUCAUCAGCGACCAAAGUUCAGAGAAAAAUGGCCGUUGCAAUUUGAAUAAGAGGAGAGGACUGCUAUUUGCAGCCACGCUUCCGUUUAUUCUUCCUUUGCAUGAUUUUGUUGUGGAAUCUGAUGCUAAAGCGAUAGAGUCAGGUGCAAGUGAGUAUCUUCUUAUGAAACAAGUGGUUUCGAAGGUAGUCUCAAAGGGAAAGGCGGCUGGUGUACUUCGUCUUGCAUUUCAUGAUGCAGGAACUUUUGAAAUGGAUGAGAAUUCAGGUGGUAUGAAUGGUUCUAUAAUUUACGAACUUGAAAGACCUGAAAAUGCAGGCCUUAAAAAGUCGUUGAAGGUUCUAGAGAAAGCAAAGAGUGAAGUGGACGCUAUACAGCCAGUAUCAUGGACAGAUAUGAUUGCUGUGGGUGGGGCUGUUGCAGUUUCAGUUUGUGGAGGUCCAACAAUUCCAGUUUCCAUUGGCAGACUAGAUUCAGUGGUGGGAGAUCCUGAAGGAAAACUUCCUCAAGAAUCUCUGGAUGCUUCUGGCUUGAAGCAAUGCUUUCAAAGAAAAGGCUUCUCAGCACAAGAACUUGUUGCUUUAUCUGGAGCCCAUACUCUUGGAAGUAAAGGUUUUGGAAAUCCAGUUGUUUUUGACAAUUCAUACUAUAAAAUUCUUCUGGAGAAACCGUGGCAAUCUACUUCUGGUAUGUCAAGCAUGAUUGGACUCCCUUCAGAUCGUGCACUUGUUGAGGAUGAUGAGUGCUUGAGAUGGAUCACAAAGUAUGCUGACGAUCAGAAUGUUUUCUUCGAAGAUUUCAAGAACGCAUAUAUAAAACUAGUGAACUCCGGUGCAAGAUUUUAUAUUGUCUGAAGUGCCUCCCUAUAUGAAGAUUCACAUAAAGAGCAGUUUUGUAAGUGGGUGGUUUUUUUACUGUUAAGCCCAAAGUGCGUAGCUUUUCUGCCAAUUGACGAACAAAAUAGAAAUUUUGGUUUAGAGGAUAAGUAUGUGUAGAAUACAUAAAAACUGGAGUUGUCUUGCACAUAAAUGUUUUGUCGUGAAGACGAAAUGACAAAUUUGAUAGAUAAAAAUUUUGGAGCAUAAUUAUUGGGCAGAUGAUGGUUACACACUCCAAGUGGUGGGGAAUAUCAGCUGUCAUUGACGUAAGAAGUUUGCUUUGAAUAGAAUGAUUUGUUUGUGUGGA